UGCGGGCGCGGCUAGAGAGUGCGGUGCGGAGCUGCCGAGGCGAGGUGCGGCCGCUGCUCAGCCCGCUGUUCAGUGUCCGGAGCCCGGCCAGCCGCCACCAUGGGAAGCACACUCGCUAAACCCAAAGCCCAGGAGCCUGGCAAGUCCAGCGGACAGGAGAACGGGCACGUUAAAACGAACGGGGAUGUAUCUCCGACGAAGGCGGAUGGCGAGGUAGCCUCGGCUACUCCGGGAGAUAGCAGUGCCGCCGCCGAGCCGGUGAACGAAGCGGCUGAGGGUUCGGGCGAUGCCAUCGAGCCGGCGCCCCCCGCCGAAGGGGAGGCCGCCAAGUCGGAGCACACGGAAACUCCCAAAAAGAAGAAGAAAAAGACGCUGUCGUUCAAGUCGUUUAAACUGGGUAAAAUGACCUUUAAGAAAACAAAGAAAGGCGAGGCAACUGAGGGCAGCCCCAGCGAGGAAAAGACUGACGCCAAACCGGCAGAGGAUGCUAACGCGGCCAGCGGGGAGGCGAAGGAGCAGGUCGCCGGCGAAGUUCAGGACGAGGGGCAAGCGGGCCAGGACACCAAAACUAACAGCGAGGCUCCGAGUACAGAGGCGGCCCCGGCCAAGGAGGAACAGACCGAGAGGUCAGGGGAAGGCGACAAGCAGGAGGCAACAGAGGAGACCACGAAAGCGGCAGCGGCGGAGAGUGAGGCAGCCAGUAGCUCCACGGCUGAGCAAAAGGAAGAGUGAAGCAGAAUUGUUUACAAACUGUGAUCUGCCACGUUGUCCACUCCCUAAACCAAUUGCCCCUUAAUGCUGUGGGCUACCCCGCCACCCACACCUCCUGUUGAUAGAUCUGUUCGUAUUGUCUCAGUAUUACUUUAUGUUUUGCCUUUUCCAACACUGGCUUGUCUAACACGCAUCUUCCUGGGAACAGCUUGGGUGCAAUAAAUAUCCCCUUUUCCCUCCGUUUUUGGGAUUUUAGUAUCACAUCUAAUGAAGAAAGUGAGGAGGAGUUGCGUCUAUUCCUUCCACUGUCUACACGUGGCAUCGUCCUGUGAUCUGUGAACUCUGGCAUCUAACUGGACCUGCAUUUGACUGACGCCCUACAGUAUGCCCUCCUGCCGGGUCAUUCCUCCCCGUUACUGAUUUCAGACAUCUCGUGCUUUUUUUUAAGGGGGAAAAAAACUGCAGUUUUUUUUUGAUUGAAGCUCCUAGUUUGUAGUUUUAAGUCUGGACUACAACACUAUCAGAAGUUAAGCAUUCAGUGUACCUGUUGGUUUUUAUUCUGAGGGGAGGAGGUGCAAAAACUUUAAAUGUGAUGGGUUUUUUUUUGCUGUUUCGUCCUGUAAAUAAAACUUUGGCCAAAUUGAUUUGCAAUUUUUUAUUGCUAACUUUUAAGGUGGUUUGACUAUUGUAACAUUUUAAAAGGGAAAAUAAACUUUACCUGUGGACUGUU